AGUGUCGUCAGCUGUAUGUACGUGUAAUAUUGUCAUUUCUUUUUCCACUCCCACCAGUAUAAUUGCAGUUCCAUCAAGUGUACUAACUACAGAAUAAAGACUGACCACAAAAAUGGGUUUCGUUUCGUUCCUCGACAAGCUCCGGAGAUUGCCACAGGAGUGGCUCCUCCCCUUCCUUCAAGAUUACCUGUUUUAUGCCGCUUUCAUCGUCAUUUUCUCCACCAUCUUCGGCCACCUCGGCGCCAACCUUUCAGUAUGGGACCGCAUUUCCUUAGUGGUUGCCUCAACCUUCUGUUGGGCAUGGUUCUUGAUUUUUGGGUACAUGGCCUUGCAAGCGGUUCCUGGUGUGCUGGAAAAGUUUUCUCUAGUUCAUGGAUUAAGUGCAGAAAUGCGUGAGCUGUAUAGCUUGCCGAAGUUCAUUGGGGAAAAACUGACUUUUUGGGACCUGUGGGCCAACUGUUUGCGAAAUCAAGUGGUGUAUUUCGGAGUCGCGGCCUUGUGUUGGCGGUUUCAGGAAGGAAAAGAGGUUGGAGAGGUAUAAUACAAUAACUCUUUCUUGAGCACCUUGUUGAUUAAUAUGAUCCGGAUCCCUGUAUUCAUCUCAUUUACAGUUGCUUGAUGACGAGAAGCAAGUCAUUUUGAUUUUUUCACUACAACUUCUAGUCGAUUUACGGUCCAAUUCCAUUUCCAAUGCGUAAAAAUUGAAUUUCUUCAAACAUGAUCAGGGCCACGAAAAGGAGGGACCUUGGAGUACUCCAGCCGCUCCCCUCUACGAAGUCUUGUUUGGCGUGCUCAUCUACAUGAUUCUCUUCGAUAUCUUACUCUCUAUCGGACAUCGGUUGUUGCAUACGCACCUCUACUUCUGGCAUAAGCAACAUCACAGUCAGCGCGGAAGUUUGCCAGCCGGGGGUUGGUACAUGCACAUCAUCGAUCUCUUCAUGGAACUGUGGUUCCCGAUCUUCCUGCCACCAUUGUUAUUUAUGGACUCAUGGAUCCAUAUGGACGACAGGAGACACGACAGAUGUUUUGCUUGGUCUUUGUGAUUUCGAAGAAGUAAAACUUUCUUGAUUUUUAAGCUUAGGAAGAAGAUUCAUGGUCUUUGUCAAAGAACUAAACUACUUACAACAGAGAAGUGCUUACUUCCAUUCAGCCGUCUCCCUCCUCUCUAAUCCCCUCUCCGCAAACUGGCUCACGGUUUGGACGUGGUUAUUCCUUGUAGAGUGGGAUGGAGUUCACACCCACGCUGCAUUGGAUUUUUGGCCUGGUGUGAUUCCAGGCCCUAGACGCCAUUGGCUACACCAUAUGCUUUAUUUCGGGAAUUUUGGACCUGGAUUGGGAGACUACUUUCUGGAGACUGAGGUCCAGGAGCUUGCGAAGCCAGGCGCCACGGCGAAACUGAAGGAUGAGAUGAGCUUGGUGAAACUGGAGUCGUUGCGCAGCAUGCGCGAACUGAAAAUGAGCAAGAGGGCAGACGGUAUUUCUAAUUUGUAGUUUGCCCUUUUCUUCUUUUUCUCUCAACAUCGAGGGCUCAGGCUGGGCCCCUCGUCCGCCGUCACUUCUCCGGCAUUCGGUGGGGAGGAGGCAGAAAGGCUGGAAACGUUGGCGAGGAGGCUGCGUGUGUGGUCCUGCUUCCGUCAGACUUGGGACCGCUGCGGCGCCCCGGUAUUGUGUCCCCCCUGCCCCUUCGCUGUUUUGUUUUUUAAACGGGGCCCGCCGUUGUUGUUUUGCUCACUUAAGGCCGCCAACGCAGCGCGCGGCACCUAGCAGCCCCCCCAUGCAUUUAGAGGGCCGCGCAUACGCCUCUCCGCGCUGCGCGGCUGUUUGAGGGCGUCUACGGGAGAUUCGUGCCGCUGCCGGCCGCUGCCGUUGUGUAUUGAGAAGGCCUGCCCUUUGUUCAUCGGAGUGCCUCUGGCGUUGUGUAGUAGGGUGCUGCGUAUGGGGGGUUACUCAGCUCGCUGGCGCCUUUGUGUUCGCGCGCAAAAAGUAUGCGAAGGCCCAGAACUCGACCGCGCGCGGUACUGGUAUAGCAGAGAAUCGACGGCAGCGGGCCGAAGCACCGCGCUCCCCCCGAGUUGCAGGCACUCGCAACGAAGGACGGCGGAGCGAUGGCUAAGGCGCUGGGCCCUGCCAGUGGGAAGGCGCGGCUUGCCGUGCAUGGGGCUGGGCUAGUGCCGCCUGAUAGCGCUGGCGCUAUCGCGGUGGCUCGAAUCCAAACAAAUAUGAGCAGCAUGGGCUGUGCGCAGCGUGGUGCCUUGAGUCAAAACGGCCACGGUUGAGUGUCUCAGCGUGCAGCGCGUGCGACGGGUGGGCAGGGGCGCCCGCGGACCUGUGACUGCGCCCGACGCGGACCAGUGGCCGCGCCUGGCCCCCCACGCCACAGCGUGCGCGCUGCGCCGCAAUUUCCCUAGGCGGAUGGCCAAGCGGCGUCGUUUAUCAACUUGGACCAGCCGGGUGAUGCUGGUCAUUUCUGCGAAUGUGGGCUCUCGGUAUGCUGCACCCGGCUCACCUCACGCCGCUAGCGGCCUUCGCGUGAAAGUGUGUCGACGUCGAGGGGACAGGGAUCAGGGGUGGCCUUGGAGGUCUGUCACACUAUAAAGGAAAAGGCCCAGAGAGUGGAGGUGUGCGCGCGCUGACGCGCCACGACAGCGGACGGGCUCGCCGCAUUUCGCCAAAAGAGCAGCGGGACGGUCUAGCGGUAGCAGACUACUGCAGGCGGCCUGUGCUAGGGGCGGGGCCGGCGCCGCGAUGGCGGGCUGGCUGGGCCCGACCAAGGCGGGAGAUUCCCAGGCAGGGCCGAAGGAUGUGCGUGGAGCGGACCCGGGAAGGGGGGGUGCGCCUCGUACUUUGAUAAUGUUUUUUGCGGCUACGCUAGUGGCUUUGGUCUCUCUUUCUUGUCUUAGGUUGCUGGCGGUGUGGGUAGGGGGUGAGGGCGCCGCGGCCGCGCGGUGCAUCAUCUUAUAGCAGAAGGGUGGCCGAUAAUCUUGCGCGGGCUCGCUAAGUUUCAGUCUCGGGCGGGCCGUCCUUCUGUUUAUUCUUUGCCCCCGUGCUGAUCUAGAAAAGGUUGCCGCGCGUGUUGUUGCUUCCCGCAUUCGCUUGGCUGUUUCUUUCCUUCUAUUUUGCGUGCCUUUGUAUCCGCCACGACCCAAUCAGCUGCAGACUGUGUUCACCCGUGUUGGCCGUGUAGCACAAAGCAUAUUAGCUACACUUCCAAUUUGAAUCAAGGAAAAUGGAAAAAUUGUGCCUUUUCUUUCAAAAACUGAAACAUCGCCAUCUUCAGCUCCGCCGUCGAUGCUUCACUCAUUCUUGGAAGCUGCUCGAUUACCUAUCGAAUUUGAAAGCAGUGAAGAGGCGAGAAUUGAGUUUUAUCAUGGAAUGGAUGUGCCUGACAGCGAGCCCAUGUACUACACUCGGAUUGCUGGCGUUGAAGACGGAGAUAACCGAAGGGGACUGACUUACAUAAGAAUGUGACGCAAGAGGCCGCUUAAGAUUCUUUUAAUUACGUGUGAAAAUGAAGAAAUUGAGUAGAAGAUACUAAAUCAAUGCAUAACUCGUUGAUGGAAAAAGCGUUGCAUAAAUGCAAUAAAUGCACUUAUAUCGCUACUUACUAAAUAUAUAACAGAGUAGUUUAUAGCACGCAUGGUGCAUGGAGUGCAUGGAGUAGCAUGGAGCGCAUGGAGCGCAGAGCUUUAAGGGGCGCAAGAAGCUCCCCCUUUAGCUCCAUGCUACUCCAUGUGAUCCAUGCGCUCCAUGCCAUGCGAGCUGUGAAACCUUAUAUAUAAAUUGCGCUGAUAUAAGGCCAAUGUUUGCACAGUUCCUAAAAUUUUCGUUGGCUACUUGAGGUUAAGGAGAGCUACUUGUGGUAAAGGAGAGCAAGAGCUACUUGAGGUGUAAAAUGGAUUAUAUCAAAUGCAUUUGACUGAUUGAAAGCCAAGGUGUCAGGGAAGAUGAAUAUCGCAUAUUUGCUGGCAUAUGUAGAAGCAACAUGGCAUUAUGAAUGCUUGAAUAGAAUCAGAAACAUAAUGUAGGUAUUUAGAAAAGAGGACACUGGAGGCUGUAACCAUGACCAUGACCACUCUGCACAAAAACCCAUACACUGGAUCCUUGUAGAGGAAAUCGAAAUGCGCCACUUACUACGGUUGUUCUUGGAUAAUCUCAAGCUCAACAAAGCAAUAGUUGUAUGGCU